AAAACGUUCCAAAUCCUUCGUUAUUAACACGAUUAUCUGUUUAUCUUUAUCAAGUUACCCGAUCACAGUAAAUGGCUACGCGGUCGACCGUGUCACCUCUGCGCGCAAAGAAUGUUCAACCCCCGCGAACCAAUCAAGCUCUUAGUAAACCGAUCACCCAAUGACAAUGUCCGGAGCGAUCCUCCCUCUCCAAAGUACAUGGUGCGUCGAGUCUCGUUAAGGAAAAUUCGUGAACAAAAUGGGGAGACUUCGGUGAAUCUGCAAAGAAAAUAUCAGCUGUCGCCUCAUCAUGGAUCCUCGGCAAGCAAAGAAGACCAACGUCUUGAGCAGACCGACUACUAUUCCCUAAAAACGUCAAACUUCACGCAAAAUUCGAGCGGCAACAACGAAAAUUUGUUCUCCUCGGGCGACAAAUAUUCGAGAAGCAUAGAAAAUUUGUCGACACUCCCAAACGAGGAUUCGGACAUGAGAGCCUUCGAGUUGAGCAGUGUGAAAGGCUGGAGCAAGCCCUCGAAAAAUUCGGCGAAUGCCGAAUCGAAGAGAGACAAUAAAAUCGAGGAUGGUUCGACGAGCAUUGACGACGACUCGCUCGAAGACUCAAGAACGAACGAGGAGUCACCCAAGUUGCUGAGAGUGCGUGAGAUCGAUUUGGGAAUGCCGACGAAACUGGUGACCGAAUUACGAAACAUCGAAAUCGCUGAGAAUCGUGCGUUUCUGGAAACGCUUCCGCUCGACGAAAGCCAGUCGUCGAUAACGUCAUUGACGGAAGUGAUCGAAAACUUGGACAUUCAGAUUAAAAACUUGGAGAUGCAAGAGCCCGUUAAUUCGGCCCUCGCGACCAAAGCUUUCAUCGAAAACGCUGAAAAGCUGUAUCCGAUUUUGGAGGAAAUAAAAUUCGAAUCGACAGGUUACGCACCGAGGAAAAACUUGUAUGCUCAGCUGGAAAAUUUGGAAGGCGAAAUAAUGACUCGUGACGAAAGUAUGACGAGAAGAGUGGCCCAGAAUUACGAAAGGUUCGUAAACGAAAAAAAUCUCUCGAUCGAAGAGGCUGAAAAAAAAACGAGGCUCGAGCCCACGGAGAAAUUAAGUCGGGACGAAAGUUUCAGAGAGCACGAAGCCUCGGCGUAUGACAACAAGUUCGAGGAGGACGGACUUCUCUAUCCGGAAACACCGAGAACCUCGAGGAAAAUGCCAAUUAUGGAAUCAACGAGGAAAUCUCCCCACUCGGACUCAACGAGAAUAAAAUUUCCAACGCCGAAUCGAGUCGAUCCCAAUUCCAUAUCGAGCAUCGGUAUUUCCGGGAUCGAGGAGCACGCGGCUUCGAAAAAUCGUGGCUUCGAAGGGAACGAUCCUUUCGACGCGACGAUACCGUACGAAGUUGAACACUUUUUGGAAGAAGCACUCGGCGACGAGAUCUUCAACGCGACCAACGUCACUUACGCGACUUGCGAAGGCAGAGAACGUACCGACUCUCAUUUCACGGCCAGCGAAUUAAUCUCCCAUGACAGAACUCCGCUGCAUCGACGAAUCGUCGAAGCCCUUAAACCACCGAUGACGGAACCGGUGCGCCAGCAUUCCAGGACACUCAAUCGAUCGAUGGAAAUCUAUCGUUCCUUUUCCCAACGAAUCAAAAAGAAAUUCCGUUCAGGCAUAAAAGCUCGAGAGACUCCACCAGCUGUUCCGAGCUUACCUUCCGAGGCGUGCGAAACGGACAAAGUCCGGGAGCUUUUGCAGGAAGUGAACGUGCAGCAGACCCUGAUAAAUCAAGCGACAAAGGCGUUGAACCUGUGCAACGCGAUGAAGGAAUUUACCGAUAGUUCGGAAAGGAUCGAAUUGGAGAGGUUAUUGUUGCUGGCGGGACUGCGCAAGAACUGCGUUAUCGAAGAGAUAAAAAAAAUAACGAGCUCGGAGGAGAACAAGUUUGAGAGAAACUGCUAUGGACAGCGGAGUGAAAUAACGCUGAGCGAAAUGAAAUUAAAUUUACGAGAAACGAUGGAUCGGGAGGGAGACAUCGAAGAGAUGGUCGAUUGGUUCGUUCUCAUAAUAUCGCAAGGCUUCAAAAUUUGGGCUACGAGGCCCAUGAGUUAUCAGCGAAUGAAAGAUCCGAAAAUCUGCUUCCCCGAUGUUAUUUCGUUACCGGAAUUGUCCUCGAAUUUCAAGAUCCAAGUCGAAGUUUACACGAUGAAAGUUCGAAAAUCGUCUUUCAAUCACGAGGAAAAAUACCGGAUUCGGAAUAAACAGAAGCGGGGCGCGUCUUGCCCACCUUUUUCGAACAUUCUCGUUUCUCCCACGAAACUAUUCAAAAAAAUCGAUCGCCCCUGCACCUCGCCGAGAAUCCAUUACAGUCAUCAAGCUUUUGGAAACAAAGCCACUGCCUUCGUUCUUUCGGGAUUUGUCGAACUCUUCCUGCACGAUUUGACACUUUCCUCGCCUUGGCCGUUAAUGCUGGUACCAAACGAUUCGAUAUUGCACGGGACGAUAGACUUGAAUUUGGCGUGCAGACUUCACUUGUCCGUGAAUCACGAAGGUUUCGUCAACGACGGUGACGAGUCCGGUGGUUUGGCAAUAUGGAAUCGACGAUGGUGCGUUUUCAAGGGACACACUCUGAUGUACUGGAAUUAUCCGGACGAUCAGGAAACGAAGGAACCCUUGAAAAUCGUUGAUUUGAUAAAUUGUGUGUCGAGCAGAAUAACAACUGCGGACAGAACGAUCUGCGCGAAGCCUCGAACGUUGCUUUUCGAGACUGCCAGACCUAGGCAUCCGAACGACAGAAACAGUGUGAUAAUCGAAUGUCGAUCGAAUCGUACCAUCAUCAGACACCUAAUGUCCCUGGACAGUACUAAUGAACUCAUGGAAUGGUCAGCCAAAUUGAAUCACGUGAUAUUGGCACUACGCGAAUGGAAUGUUAUACACCCGGAAAACGAUCCUCAAGUUUCGGACCUUUAAUACUGCGAUUACUACAAUUAUAAUUUUCCACGGUUACGACGAAUUUAAGAAUUGACUUGUUUUUUCAAGGAAUCAUUAAACUGACAAGUAUUAAUGUUUUUUGUUAUUCGUUUAUGACAUGAACAUUUCGAAGUGCGUGCGUUUUUUUGUUGUUGUUGUAUUAAAAUGGUACGUUUUAAUAUUAUAUCUUAUUAACGCAGCGGAAAAAUACAAGAAUCUAGUUAUAUGUAUGAAGUUUUGCGAAUGAAUUUUUAUAUCAAACAUAUAUAAGCAUAUAUGUGUUACGCAUCAAAAUUAUGAAAUAAAGAAAUUUUUGAAAUGAU